AAGAAUUACUUUAUUCACCGGGGUGUGUAGAAAUUAUUCACAAUAACAACAGGCUUCAGGAUAAUAAUGGUGAAAUAAAUAAUAAAUAAUGGAUCGAGGAGAAACAUAAGCAGAAUUAAGUUUUAAACUAAUGGCUAAUGAUCUUUUAAAAAUAUCAUGGCCCAGAGCAAGAAGUUUGUUUUGGAUGUGUAUGUCCAGGAAGAUCGUGUUGACAGGGUGAAACAUUAUGCUGAACAUGUACAAAAACUUUUCGAUGUUGAACUUCGUUUUACUUCAAACGCUGGCAAACAAUAUAUGCCUGGUGCAGGACAGUGGAUUGAUGUUGAAGGACAACGAGGCAAUGUUAUUAAAGCUAGGGAAUACGUGAAAGGUUUGUCAAACCCGGAGGAGGUUAUUCGUUUACGAUUUCCACCGCCGGUUUAUGAAUUACUUUGUGGAAAGGAUGAAGAAAAAUAUUACGAUCUAGAGAAAGAAACUGCAGUUAAUAUUGUUUUUUAUUCGUUAGAAGAAGUUGAAAUAUCGGGUUCAAUAUCUGGAGUAACAAAAGCUUCUAGUGUUGUUGAGGAAAUUAUCAAAACAUUUAUUGAAGAAAAUAGUUUAACCCUCGAGUAUGAUGACGGUGUUGAUUGUGCCGCUUCGAUCGAAGCCGACAGUGGAAUUUAUGUAAAGUGUAGUCACGGCGUCGACUGCGUGCAUGACCAUCACUCCGAAUUUUCAAAUUAUAGAUAUAGUAAUUUAACUGUUGAUGAAGAUAUUUUAGAAAACUCAAUUGGUUUUAGUUCGGAAUCAAUAAAUGACAAAGACCCAAAGUGUGAUAGUUGCUCUCAAAGGGACUCUCAAGAAUUACUCGACAACGAACUCAUGGAGUAUGCUAAAAAGUUAGGCUACAGUGAAGGGCAAGUUAAAUCAGCUAUGAAAAAACUAGGCCCUGAUACUGUGGACCAAAAUGAUUUACUACACGAACUUAUAAAAGCCUCGAAUUCUAUACGAGAUGGAAAACUUUGUGGGGAAAAUGUAAAAACAGAUUUGUCAAGUUUAUAUGAAUCGAUGACAAGUGAGGCAGGACCAGAUAAUAGUUUUCUUCGACAUGUUGUUGUUGAUGGUUCAAACGUAGCUAUGAGUCAUGGUAAGAACCAGGUUUUUUCUUGUCGUGGUAUAGCUAUUGUUGUUGAUUGGUUUCAAAAGAAGGGCCAUGCUGUUACCGUGUUUGUACCCAACUGGAGAAAAGAGGCUUCCAAACCCGACACGCCCAUUAUUGAUCAAGAAAUAUUGACGCGACUAAGUGAUGACGGUGUUGUUAGUUUCACACCUUCGAGGAGAUUAGAAGGAAGACUCAUUCAAUGUUAUGACGAUCGGUUUAUCGUGCGGUUAGCUGUCGAAACAGACGGCAUCAUUGUCUCAAAUGAUCAUUUUCGUGAUAUACAAAGAGAUAUUCCCGAAUACAAAGAUUUUAUUAACAGACGUUUGCUCAUGUAUACAUUUGCCGGCGACAUAUUCAUGCCGCCUGACGACCCUUUAGGUAGACACGGCCCUACUUUAAAAGACUUUUUACGUAAAAAUGUCGAACGACGUGGUACACAGUAUUGUCCCUAUGGGAGAAAAUGCACUUUUGGUCCUAAAUGUAAAUUUUACCAUCCGGAGAGAAGACAUUCGGGAUCUUAUGUUAAAAAACCUCUUCCUCCACCACCACAGUCAUCUGGAUCAAGACCUCGCUCUGAUCCUGGUCAGAACUUGAAUCCAAAUGUGGAUGGCAAACAAAGACCAAUAAGUUUACCAAAUUUGGAACAACUCUAUAUUUCUCCUCCUCAUUCAUUGCAUAGAUACAUUUAUAUUCAAAAUCCUAAUCAGGCUUACCAAAGGCCUGUUAGUGGGCCCCCUUUCCCUGAAAGUAAUAAUAAUCAGUACCCUAGUUAUCCAAGUUGUAGUGAUAAUAACUUAUCUCGGAAUUCUGCGGAUAUGAUGCAACAACAGCAGCAACAGCAACAACAAAGUCGAAAAUUCAGUGGCGAUUACUCUCAUUUCAAUCACACGAACGUCCCCGGACAAUAUAUAGUGUUAUCUCACCGACCUCACUCAGGAGAGUAUAUCACACAUAUGCCGCCCAACGUGGACACUGUAGGCAGACCUCUGUCGUCAGAUUUUAGUAGUCGCCCUUCGUCGGGCGAAUAUAGCUAUAGUAGCGGAAGUCGACCAGCGUCUGGUGAAUAUGGCAACAACAGUCGACCGUCGUCCGGAGACUAUGGCUCUGUACCGUGGGGAUAUCAAAGACAAAUACCGUACAACUCUCACGGAAAUUUCUACCCAAGGAAGAACUAUUUUAAAACGCGUGGCGCUCAAAUGUUACCAGACACAAAGGAAGAGCCACGUCAACUUCAAAGUUCACUUAAAAUCGAUAUUGUUGAAAAGUUACGGGAGUUAUAUCCUGAUCAAUACGACAAAAUUUUGUUUGUGCUUCGAACGUAUCCGGACAUCCGUUGUGUAGAAGAUGCAAUACCCUUUAUGAAUGAAGCUAUCAAGGCUUAAAUGUUCUAUUGUUCUUUGCUUGUACGUCUAACUUGCCCUGUAUUGUUCUGUAAAAUUGUUUUUGAUCAUCGUGAUUUUUUAGGUAAAUAAAUAAAUUUUAAACGUAAUAUACAAUUAUUGUUAUUAAUAAAAUUAAUCAUCGGUUUUUUUAGUGUAGCAAUUUCAUACUUUUCUAAUCGUAUGACAAUUUCCCUUCACUUCAUGACAAGUAUAAAUCUUCUGCGAAGGACUCUUGCCUCUGUUCAUCCUAUCACUUUUAAAAGGUUUUACAAAAAGGGGAAUUGUUGUUCGAGUUAUAUGUUAGUACUAUUGUUCUGUGGGAUUUGAGUCUGUGUAAUCAUGAGGGUUGAAUGCAAACACCGCGACAUCCCGUGACUUCGUCAAGUUUACAUCCUUUUUCGUUGUUGAGAGAUUCGAGGAGAGAUAUUUAUUUUGCCUUUUUGUAUUCAGUCUCACUCGACAUAACGUAUUUAUUUACGAAACCUUUUUUUAUAUUUUUAAGAAAAAAGGAAUUUUAUAUUUUAACAUGACUGACAUUUUUGUACACCUAAUAUUUUUCUAAACAAGGCAAAACUUGAAGGUGUUGAAAAGUUUCUCACUUUUCAUUAUUUUCCGACGCUUUUCAUAUAAGAUAAAAUUUAAGCAAGCAGCCUAACCGCAGAUAUUUGACAACUUCUCAUGGUAUAUAACACGAGACGACAAGUCAAAAGUUAUUAGUGAUCAAAGUUGUCAUGUUGUGGUUAGACAUAGUUAAAAUGUCUCAUUAAUAUUUACCCCCCAUGUUCAACCAUCCACCCACAUAAUAACUUGCAAUAACAAGAACUUCUCUUCCCCAGAGCUCUUUGCGAUAAAUCAUCUCAAAAAAGCUCUGGGGAAAAGGAUGGCUACAAUGCAAUGCGGUUAUCGGUUGCCGGCCAAGACUUGUAUUGCUUAUACACAUUUUAGUAAAAUAUAUCAUUUGCUACUAGUUUAUUUUUAAUGUAAAGAUUUCUUCCAUUUUAUAAGUGGCUAAUAAGUGAUUAUAAGAUGAUCGUAAACUUGGGAUCACGUCCAGAGGACAUGAAUGCUUCGCCUUUAAAUUAUUUUUGCCACCUAAAUUUCUCGAUGACUUUGCGUUUCAGAGUGUUUGCUGAGAGCAAUGUCCUCUGGAAAUGUUCUCUUUAAUGUGUUGAGAAAAAUUAAAUUAACAAAACUCUUCAUAAGAGGAACGGUAAGACCUGCUUUCAAGGUUGUCAGGGAGAAAAAUUUCGCCAUUUUUACUUGAAGCAAACAACAUUGAAGGAAAACAAAACUGCUUCAGAAAAUUUGCGGAAUUUUAUCUUCCCUGUCUGUAGACAGAAGCUAAUGUAACUUGAAGUAAUAUUGUCAUGCUUCAAAGAACUUAUUAGCUUCUUGUAAUAUUUAUAUCCUUAUCUUUGGAAUGUACUUUUCCCAGUUUAUAAGCAUUUGUAACCAGAAACUAGAACUUUGUUAGCUUUCGUUUUAGACAUUGCACAUUCCAAUAAUUCAAAUUGUUCAUUUUCACGUUUUUAGGCUCACCUCGAUCUAUGCCUUUAAAUAGCGUUUCUCUUAUCAAAUUAUAACAAUUCCUUGAUUUUUUAAGACCGCGCGUGUUUAUCUUGAGGCUGUAUCAAAAUGCAAUGGUCUUAUAUAUAGAUUCUUUUCUCCGUGGUCACACACAAAAUCACCGUUUUUUCUUUACGAUCAGAAACUUCAUAUUUUUAUAUUAACGUAUUUUCUAGAAAGUUUUAUUUUUUAUUUCAAUGUUUUUUUUAUAAAUUGCUACCUAUUUUUUAUAACAAACUAAAGCUGAAAGCUUCAAGUUUGUCAAAUAGAUGUAAAAAAUUGUAAAAAAGAUUUUGUUAACAAAUCCAGUCAAAAUAUAUAUUCGCUACUGGA